AUGCACUACAUGCUCGUCCAACGCAAUCACCAAACCAGCCUGUCGAACAUCAUGCACUACCUGGUCGUCCACCACAAUCACCAGUUGAGGAAUAUGGUUGUUCACUGUGCCACACUGGACCAGCACACAAGCCAAGCCGAUGUCCGAUGUUCAACUCCCGCAACAGACGAAAAGCUCGUCUGCUUGAACAAGGACGGUGCCUCAACUGUUUGUACGAUGGUCACAUGCUCAAUCGAUGUCGUGCUGCUAAUAAAUGCCGGAGAUGUGGAGGCAGACACCACUUCAUGCUGUGUGUACAACGUCAAUCUCAGAAGCGUGUGUACUACCCAAGUCACUACGAUGGACCGUCUGAAGCCAAUUGGAGACAACCUCAACCUAAAGAGCGUGUGUUCAACCAGACUGGUCUUCACAAACGAAUGUUCGAGGAAUAUUGCAGAGUUCCUACACCAGUGCAAUCUGAAGUGACUUACUCGGGAUUGGUCAUCACCAGCUCUCUCAACAACGACUCUAAAGCG